CAAAUCCAUGUCACAGUCUCGUCAUAAGUCUCUACACUUUUCAUCUUCCGAGCAAAUCCACCGCUUCAUAUGUAUUGAAAUUUUAACAGACCACAAUAGAAGAGGCAAGAAGGCAUUUCCUGUUCUCUGAGGGGCAUUCUGGUUUUUUUCUGCGUUAGGGCUUGAAAGCUGAACUCAAUGGCAGAGUCAGAGGCCGAAAUGCAUCGUCGCAUUAAGAAGAGGAAAACUAAUGCGAGUGGAAAUGCAGAGGAUGUUGAUACUGGUGCAUCUGGUUCGAUGACUGUGCUGACAGAAACUAAUUUCGUUGGAUCUGGUUCGUCUCCGACAGAAACUAACAAUAAUGCAUCGACUGGAAACUGCUACGAGGUGUUCUUGAGCUUCAGAGGCCUAGAUACUCGACAUGGCUUCACCGAUCACCUCUACCAUGGGCUCUUCACUGCUGGAAUUGAUACUUUCAGAGAUGAUGAUGAGCUCUGCCAAGGCGAGAACAUCAAACCAGAGCUUUUGGCAGCCAUUAGAAACAGUAAAAUCUCAAUCCCCAUUCUCUCUGUGAAUUAUGGUACAAGCAGUUGGUGCCUAGAUGAACUGGUUCAAAUAAUGGAGUGCAAAAAUAAUAAGAAGCAAAUAGUGUUGCCUAUAUUCUACAAAGUGAAACCAGCUGACGUGCGAUAUCAAAAGGGGAAUUUUGGGGAUGCAUUUCAUGAGCGUGAGAGGCGUUUGCUUGAGAGGCAUUCUUUCGACCCAGCGAUUUUGGAGAAAUGGAAGCAAGCACUCCUUGAAGUCAGCAACUUGAAAGGAUACGAAACCGAUGGGUCUGAAGCACAAUUGGUGAAAUCGGUUGUCCGAAAUGUGUUGAAUGAGCUGAAGAAAAAGUUUGAGUUGAUUAUUUCUAAGAAUUUGGUUGGAAUUGAUAGUCAUGUGAAGAAUGUUAUGGAACUUCUAGAUGAUAAAUCUCAUGCCCUCUUGUUUGUUGGCAUCCAUGGAAUGGGAGGCAUUGGUAAAACUACUCUUGCUAAAACCAUUUACAACAAGCUAUCCAAUCAAUUUGAGCAUCGUAGCUUCAUUGCUGAUAUAAGGGAAUCAUGGAAGCGUGGUGCUCAUGACUUACAGAAUCAGUUAAUCUUUGAUAUAUCGAAUCAAAAAAAUGAAGUUUGUAAUAAGGAUGAAGGGAUUAAUUUUAUCUCCUCUAGGUUUAAAGAUAGAAAGGUCCUUCUUCUUCUUGAUGAUGUGGAUAAUGUUGAUCAAGUGAAGUGUUUGGCCGGUAAUCAUGAUUGGUUUUCUUUGGGAAGUAAGAUCAUUAUUACUGCGAGAAAUGAGAGAAUUCUUGAUUUAGCUGGGGUGGACCACAACUAUGGCCUUACGGAAUUGGAUCCCGAUCAAUCUUUGAUUUUGUUUAGCAAACAUGCGUUUCGAAAGGACUUUCCUCCAAGUGAAUUUGAGGGCCUCACUCGUGAAGUUGUAUCCACUGCUGGAGGACUUCCCUUAUCCCUUGAGGUUUUAGGUUCAUUAUGUUGUGGAAGAGAAUCAAAAGAAUGGAGAGAUAUGAUAAAAAAGUUAGAAAAGGUCCCUCGUAAAGAAGUGCAAGAAAAGUUAAGGAUAAGUUACGAUGCAUUAGACUAUGAACAAAAACAAAUAUUUUUGGAUAUAGCUUGCUUGCUCAUUGGCAUUGACAAGAGAAUCGCAUUCUACAUGUGGGAUGCUUGUGACUUUUUUCCGGGGGAGAAUAUUGAAGUAUUGAGAUUUAUGUCAUUAAUAAAAAUUGGAGAUGAUCUUAAGCUCCGAAUGCAUGACCAAUUAAGAGAUCUUGGGAGGGUAAUUGUACGUGAGGAAAACCAACAACAGCCUUGGCACCGUAGCAGGUUAUGGGACUCCGAGGAAGCCUUGAAAGUGCUAAAGAGAAAUAAGGGAACGGACAAGAUUGAGGCCAUUGAUUUGAGUAGAGGCAACACAGCAGGCUCCGGCAAAACAGCCAAGCAAGAUGGCGACAUUUACACAGCAAAACAAUUCAAAAACUUGACAAUUCUAAGAUUCCUUUACAUGAAAGGGGCACAUCUCAGUGGAGAUUUUGAGGACUCAAUGGAGGAGUUAAGAUGGCUUCGAUGGCCAAAUUGUCCCAUGAAUUUUGAAGUAAAUAAUUUUCACGUAGAGCAAUUAGCUGUGAUCGAAUUGCCAUUUGGUGAGAUAAAUGAGAAAUGGGAAGGAUGGAGUUUUUUCAAGAUGGCAGAGAAGCUCCAAUAUCUGGACCUUUCAAGUUGUGAAUCCUUGGAAAAUACAGACUUCCUCUCAGCUUUUAGGAAGUUAGAGGUUCUCAUCCUCAAUGGGUGUAAGAGAUUGAAGCAAAUCGAAGCUUCAAUUGGAGACAUGGAGGCCCUCCUUCGCUUGGAGUUGUGCAGGUGUGUGAGCCUCACGGAGCUUCCAGCAGAAAUAGGUAAAUUAAAGGCACUAGAGCAACUCCUUCUACGAGGUACUCGAUCCCUUUCUGCAUUACCACAUAGCAUAGGGUCUUUGGAGAACCUAGAGAUUCUAGAGAUUUCUGAAAGUGAUAUAAGAGAAUUACCCAAUAGUAUUGGGAGGCUGAGAAAGCUCCGAGAGCUACAUGCUUGCCAUUGCAUGAAUUUGAAUGGGGAAAUGGCAGAAAGCAUGUGUAAUCUUUCUUCCCUACGACACCUUGAUUUUCUUUGCUGCAUCAAGCUCCAAUCGCUGUCGGACGUUCCUUCUAGCUUAACAAAUUUGGGCAUCACCUGUCGAAACCGUAAAUUGCCUUGGCUUUCCCACCUAACCCAUCUCAAGGAACUACGAGUUUGGUCCUACAAUUCUCUCGAGUGCAUCCAAGUGCUUCCAUCAACAUGCUCCCAACCGACGGACGUUGAAGAAUCGAAAUCACCACAAUCCCUAAACACGCCUUUCAAAUUGGAAAUCUUAAAAGUCAGGGUCUGUUAUUCUAUCAAAACACUGGACGUUUCACAGUUUAUCCAUCUAAUGAUAUUAUAUGUCGAAAAGUGCGAUAAUCUACUUGAAGUUCGAGGUCUUGACAAAUCAAUAUAUUUGGAUAGCUUGACUGUCACAUGUUGCAAUUCAAUCAAACGGUUGGACCUUCGAAAGUUUGAGGAUAUGAAGAAAUUGAAUGUUGAAGGCUGCGACAAAGUAGCUGAAAUGCAAGACCUUGACAGGUCGGAGUAUUUGGAAAGUUCAGAUAUCAAAUUGUGCACUUCAACUAAAAGGCUAGACCUUCCAAAAUGCAGGAUGUUGAAGGAAGUAAACACUAGAGACUGCAAAAACUUAGCGAAAAUUGAAGGCCUCGAUAGGUUGGAGUAUUUGGAAAGGCUAGAUGUCCACCGGUGCACUUUAAUUGAAAAGCUAGACCUUCCAAAAUUCGGGAGGCUGAAGGAAUUAGAUGCUGGAGAAUGCGAAAAAUUAGCCGAAAUUCAAGGCCUCGAUGGAUUGGAGUAUUUGGAAAGGCUAGAUAUCGAAGGGUGCACUUUAAUUGAAAGGCUAGACCUUCCAAAAUCUGGGAGGCUAAAGGAAUUAAAACUUAAAGGCUGCAUAAACUUAGCCGAAAUUCAAGGCCUUAAUAGGUUGGAGUAUUUGCAAAUGCUACAUAUCCAUUGGUGCACUUCGAUGGAAAGGCUAGACCUUGUAAAAUUCAGGAGGCUAAAGGAAUUAAAUGCUGAAGGCUGCGAAAACUUAGCCAAAAUUCAAGGUCUCGAUAGGUCGGAGUAUUUGGAGAGGCUAGACAUCACAUGGUGCACUUCAAUGGGAAGGCUAGACCUUCCAAAAUCCGGGAGGCUGAAUGAAUUAAAAGUUGGAGGCUGCAAAAACUUAGUCGAAAUUCAAGGUCUCGAUAGGUCAGAGCAUUUGGAAAGUCUAGAUAUCACAGGAUGUACUUCAAUUGAAAGGCUAGACCUUCCAAAAUCCGGGAGGCUGAAUGAAUUAACAGCUGGAGGCUGCAAAAACUUAGCUGAAAUUCAAGGUCUCGAUAGGUCAGCGCAUUUGGAAAGACUGGAUAUUUCUAAGUGCACUUGAAUUGGAAGGCUAGACCUUCCAAAAUCCGGAAGCUUGAAGAUAUUAAAUGCUUAUUCCUGCAAGAAAUUAGCUGAAAUUCAAAGCCUCGAGAGGUUGGAGUACUUGGAAAUAUUGGAUAUCUCUAGGUGCAUUUCAAUUGAAAGGUUGCUCCUUCCAAAAUCUAGGAGUCUGAAGAAAUUAAAAGCUAGAGACUGCAAAAACUUGAUUGAAAUUCAAGGCCUCGAUAGGUUGGAGUUUUUGGAAGAAUUGAAUAUCAUUGGAUGCAAGUCGCUCAAAACAAUUCCAGAAUUAUCUGGAAUGCGGAUUUAUCGAUAUUAUGAGAUUACAGAUGGCAAAACAAGAGCAUUAGGAUCAGACUAUAUGGAUUACUCGGACGAGUGAUAUACUGAAAUGAUCCACAUUUUCUAGUGAAAAUACAUAAAGCAGGAAUCCAAGGGAGAUGUUUUGCUUAUCAUGCCAGUAAUGGAAAUAGAUAAAAAGGCUUUCUAAGCGCAUCAUUUGUCAUUAAUCUUGGGGGUAUUGGAUAGCAUGCUAAAUGUCAUUAUGUAGGUCAAGAAAUGCUGAGUGAAGAACCUAUAUGGCCAUCCUUCUAAUGUGAGGUUUUAGUUGGCUCUGCACUCACCAUGCAGUUCAUGACUGCAUAUUUCUAAGGCCACUGGUUGAUGUGAGUGCUGAAAUAUCCAAGAGAGUUUUCGCGAGGCACUUCUAAAAGGAAACAAAAUCAUCAAAGGAUGAGGUGCUUGAUGUCUCUUAAACUUCUCCAAACUCUGACAAUGCAUCCUUGGAAUGGUAAAGGGUGUUUGCAUGUUGUCAUCCUUCUGGGUAUGCCAGUUAAAGUGUCCAUAGAAAGAAAGAACUUGAAUUGGAGGGGGUGUCAUUUGUGCUAGAUAGACUAGCUAUGUCAGAUGUAGAAGUGCUUGAUGCUCACAUGGAGUUGGUAGGUUUAGGCCCUGUAGAAUACCAUUCUCAAUGCUGCUAGGCAUCUAUAUAGUUUUCCAUAGAUUUCUCAUGCUGUUUCUCAAAAUGUAACGCUUCUUUUGGCUCCUCUUCUUCCUCUUUCUUAAUGAUUGAGCAUUCUCUGCUAGGAGAUAUUUAAUAUAUACUAAAUUGUAGAGUAUAGGUUGGAAGUUUCUCACAUCUUGUGAAGAGGGGCAUUUUGUCACAUCAUUUUGAUUAAUUAAGUUUGUUGGUGAGGGUUUCACUUACUUGUUAAUAGGAUAUCUCAAGCUAUGCUGCAUACUUGUAUGACAAUCUGGUUGAGAGGGAUGGAGUAAGGAAUUGAAGAAAGUGCAGAGAGUAGGAGUGUAGAAGUUGCUGCAUCCAAGUAUCUUAAGUUCUUAUAUGACCUUAUGGCUUGGUAAUUCAAAUUCAUAAGAGCUUAGGAUUAGCUACCUAGCCUUGGCAGUUCUUGCUAUCUAUUUUCAGUGGAAAAAUUUAGAGUGGAUGCAUUUUUUUCCAGAAACAUCUGACUGCUUCACGCCUCAUAUUGUCUUCUGGAUUUGGAUAACAUGUUGUUGAGUGCACUAUACUACUUGAGCCAACCCUUGAAUGGUUUCUGUUGAGAUCCUAAGUUUUAGAUACUAGUACACUUGUGAUCCUUACCUGAAGUAAGCUUUGAUGGAUCCACUCCACCUUGAGGUUCCAAAGUGAGCAGCAAGAUUUGUUUUUAGAUUGAGAUAGUGGAUUGGAGGCUGCCAAAAAGUAUAGAUUCUUGUCACUUUGGAUGACCUACUAGCCCAAAGAAUCUCAUAUCAAAUGACCGAUAUCCCUCUCAAUUAUCUUCUAUUGUUAUGACGUUUUGCCUCACUUCACAAAUUUUAAUUAACAUUUCCUGUUUACUGUGCGUUCUCUAUCUUCCCUCUUCUUCUAUUAAUUUUAUUAUGAAGAAUUAGUCUUUCUUUCUCAAUCUGUCUGUUGCUUUUCUGGUUGUUUUUUAUGAAGCCACUUAUCUUUGCACAUUCAUUGCGUGUCGUCAAUAUUGACUUCUUAAUUAUUCUAAUCUACUCCAGGUAAACGUUUAACAUCAUUAUGCUAAGGUGUAAACGUUUGACAUCAUUAUGCUACGGUCCUGAUGGCAAGGUUGCUGUCUUUGGACUUAAAGAUAGUACAGUUUCACUGCAUGAUGUAGAAGUAAGUUUUCCAUGCUAUUAUUGUAACGUUACCCUCAUUACUUCUCAACCAUAAAUUCCUUCUGCAAGAAUCCUUUAUCAUCAUAAUGUGUUCUUCUCUGAUCUCUCUUGAGAAAUAUUCUGAAUUGCUCAAAAGCUGCACAAUGCAAUGCAAACAACAAGCUUGCUGAAUGAACAUUUAGCUGCUAAUAGAGAUGGCAAUCCAUGUUUACUGGCCAUGUUUGGCAAUGUCAAGUUAAUACGGACUAUUAGAUAGGUCAAUAUGAGCAGGAUAAGCUUAACAAAUCUUAUUAGAUCAUUGAACAUGGCCCAUUUGUUAAAUAGGUCAGCAAAUGAGAAGAGAUGAAUAGCCUUAAUGAAUUAUUUGUUUCACAUGUCAUACAUAAGUAAUAGAUUCAAUAGAUAUAUACACUUUAGGACUUGAAUCUAAUUGAUGUGCUGCAUUCUCAUGUUGGAUAGGACUGAUCUUGUCAUUGAUGAUUGAAAAUGCUUCAAAUGUCAAUGAAAAAUUUCUGCAUAGCGUUUGCAGUGGUUGAGCUGAUUGUGAGGAUUUACACUCUAAGCGGAUGGUGUCAAUAUGACAUGCUCAUUUUCAUCAAUAUAAUAGUUUAUUUUGACUAUUGAAACUCAAAUAUGUUCAGUUCAGUCAAAUUAAAAGGUUGUGGUUUAGGUGACUUCUAAAUGAUAGAAAUUGUAUGCCCUUUAAUUAUACAUAAUACAUAAUGAAUGUUAUCUUCCAAUCUGGCUUUCUUUAAUUAACUAUGGAUAUGUGGUGUGCUGCUUUUUAUAUGCUAGUGCUUGCAGUAGUUAUACAUGCUGUGUUAUAAUAGUUUCUAACAAGGUAUAAAUAUUAAGCAAAAUGAGAAACUGUUAUGAGGCUUGAAGUCCUAUGCAGCAGCUGUGUUGUGUCUCAACCAGGAGGAAGAUGCCCAAGUGAACAGAUCCAACAGCUAGUAUGGGUUUAUGGAAGAUUUUCUAAAUCACCAAAGGAUCAGGAGCUUGAUGUUUCUUGGACUUCUCCAACACUGACAAUGUAUCCUUCGAAUGAUGUGGAUCAUCAUGCUAGAGGGAAGCAAUUCGAUGCUUGCCUGCCAAAGUUUGUGGGGUUGAUAAGAGGUUCUUACUAUGGGAAGCUGUUGUCAGAGUUGGCUUGGAACAGGUGUGUCCCCUGCAGUCGGAUGUACUGGAGAGAGAGAGGGUCCUGUCUCCCAAUGUCAAAUUAACAGUGGACUGCUAGAUAGAAUGGAAACUGUUAAGAAGAUUGAAGUCCCAGGUGGCAGUUCUGUGGUGUGUCUCAAUUUGGAGGAGGAUGCCCAAGUGAAUAGAUAGGACACUUCUGGCAACUCUUUGACAUUUGAGGAUCGCACUACUCAUUUCUUCCCUCCAGCUCCAAGAGUUCCUCGCAUGCCUGGCCUAGCACCUGGAAACUGGUUUAACUGACGAUGGUCAAGAUUCAUUCGUGGAGCUCUCAAAUUCUUCCAAGCAAUGUUUGAAUAUGCUUUGCAGUGGAGAUAAAGAUGGGGCUUUGUGCUUUAGUAUAUUUGGUGUCUUUCCAAUCAGAAAUGUUGUAAGCCUUCUGUCUGUUCGGAUCAAACAUUUAGCUAUAUAUUCUAUCAGAUUCAGUCAAUGACUACUUAUUUCCUUUCUUGCUUCCA